GAUAAUCCUCAGAAUAGAUUCUUAACUCACUCAAUCUUAAUUACAAGAUUAAAAUAUUCUCUGAAACAUAAAGAAGGCGAAGAAAGAGUUUGGCAUCAUUCCGACAAUCAUUUUCCACCACAAUUCUGGAUCUUCAAUUCGCAUCAUUUUCUCCAUUUUCUUAAUUUUCUUCUUCAUCAACAUCAUCCAACAUCUUUUUCUGCUGAUACUUUCAUUUUCUUUUCCUUCGUCAUCAUCUCUUAAUCUCUUUUAAUCUAAUCCAAGUUUUUAAUCUGCAAAGAAAAUCCAUUUUUAUUGGUUCAUUUUUCCAAUUAAAACUCUAAUCAAAAAUGGAUGAUAAAGAAAAGAGAAAAGCCGAAGUUCGAGCUCGUCUCGAACAGGCCGCGGCCGCGUCCAAGAAGAAACGUGGAUUCAUGACCCCGGCUCGAAAGAAGAAACUUCGAAAUCUUUUGAGGAAAAAAGCGGCUGAAGAAUUGAAGAGAGAACAAGAGAGAAAAGCCGAAGAACGAAAGAAAAUAAUUCGAAAGAGAACUGGUGAACCAAAGAGACUCGAUGAUUCGAAUGAAGCUCAACUUCAAAGAGUAGUUAAGGAGUAUUAUGAGAGAAUCUGUGGUCUCGAAAGUGAAAAAUAUGAUAUCGAAUAUGAUGUAUCGAGAAAAGACUUCGAAGUCCGUGAACUAAUGGCCAAAGUUAACGAUGUUCGAGGAAGAUUUAUUAAACCUCCGCUCAAAAAAGUCUCAAAAACUGCUCAACAAAUGGAAAAGAUUCGUAUGUUCACUGCCAAAGUAUCGCAAAUGGAUUAUCGUUCUGGCCUUAAACAGAUCAAGAAAUACGAUCUUAAAGACCAAGAAGAAAAGGAAAAACCUGAAUGGGCCGCUGGUCAAAAGGAGAAAUCAGUGGCCUCCGAUAAAACUGAAGGUUGACCAAAAUUCAUCUCAAUUCUGGAAACGAUUCACUUUCAUCAUCUUUUCAUUACUUUUCUCCUGAUUCUCAAUAAUUAUCUCCUACAAAUUUAGUUCUAAAUCCAUCAAUCUAUUCAUCCCUGAAAAUUGAUUGUCAAUCACAAAUAAUCAUAAUGGAAACUAAUUAAACCGAUUGGAAUCACAGUCCAUCCUCA